AGAAACGUUGGCAUCAUUAUUUACAAUUAAAUCAUGAUACCUAUGAUUAUAUAAUUCAUAUUUGAUUUAAUACUCCUACUAGUCCUACAUCAAAGCCAUAUUGCAUGCUACAAACCCACAAACAUUACAGUUCAUACCCAUAAAGAUCAAUGAAAAUGGCGGACUGGGUUUAUUUUUUUCAACAUGCUCUUCACUGAUUGAGAUCCCAAAUACUAAUGUUUUAAAAUUUUAAAAAAAAAUAAAAAAAAAAAAAAAGAAAAAACAGGGAAGUUGUAGGAGUAUUGGUUGGUGGGUCCAACAUGAUAAUUAUAAAUACUCUCUCUUGAAAAGUUGGAAUUGAGAUUGUAUGUUUAGAUAGAUGAGGGAUAAGAGAAGUAAAGGAAAUAAUUAAUAUGGAUACUGAUAUCAAUUUGAUUCUUAUUUAUGAUGAUUAUUUUUAUUGUCAGGACUUUGAGGCAAACUUUUAUGUUUAUCAUGGUAAUUUUCUGGGAUUGUUUGAAUUCUUGUCCUAUAUACAAGAGCUUCGAUAUCAACUAGAAAGAAUGGGUAAGUUUGGAGCAUUAGACAAGGAUAUCGAGAGCAGACUGAGAUUGGGAGCAAGCCAAUUACAGUUUCUUAUCAACGAGCAUCUUGUAUUGGAGCGUCGUCAGCCUCACCGUCCACGUUGGCGUCCACUAGUGAAAAAUAAUUUCAAUAUUUAUCCGGAGUACUUGAGAGUUCUGGCUAAAGAUAUUCAACAACAGUUAUUUCAAAUUUCAAACCUGAAGCCUGAGGCAUGCUUUUCAAUUGAAAAACAAGAAUCGGUUGUGAGAAAUGGUCGGAGAGAGCAGAUCAUUAAUUUACUAUUAAUGGGUGAAGAAUCGCAUAAUUUUGCUCCUUCGUUGAUUAUUCCUAUUCUUGGAUUGGCGGGCACAGGUAAAACUUCUCUUACUCGGCUUGUCUAUCAUGAUCCUAUAGUAGAAACUACUUUCGAUCAUCGACUUUGGGUUGAUGUAUCUGGACUCCAAUCUCCAGAAAGUUUAUUCGAAAGAAUUGACGAGGCUCUUCAAGCUGAUAUAUUAUUUGACAACUGCAAGAGUUAUUUUGAUUCGAGAAAAAAAUUCUUUGGCGGGAAAUACAUGCUUGUGCUUGAUGGUUUGUCAGAACAUGAUCCUAGAAAAUGGUCUUAUUUAUUAGGAUCGUUGUUGUCUAUAGCAAUUGAUUGUAAACCCGGUAGCAAAAUACUGGUCACGUCUAGAUGCACAAGUCUAGAACCGGACCUCUUCUCCCCACUGCCAAUUGCUAAAAAUGCACCUUAUAUGUUACCUUUGCCUACUGCUAAAGAGCGUCUAGCAAUGUUUCUGAACAAAGCGUUCUCAAAGAUAGAAGAAAAGGAUAGAGCUCCUAAUCUUAUUGACAUUGCCCAUAAAAUUUUUAAGGAAUGUGCCCAUGAUCAACUAACAAUUUGA